AUUCAGGAUUUCAGAUAGCGCGCGAACUCGAGUUAUGGAUGGAAUUGAAAAGUUUGGGAAAAGUAAACGACAGCCGCGUAACUUGUUGCUUGUGAGAACAGCUGGGAAGAAGUCUCCAGUGCGUAAAGAGAUUUUACAUUGUCUGACGAGCUCGUCUGCUGAUUCAUCUCGGACGAAACCAGUUAGGAAGCUCUCGUUUUCAGAGACAGGACAGGAGAAUGAUGCUUCGUUACCAUCGAGAAGGAGAACGAAACCAGAAACUGCAGUAGAGAGUUUUCAUCACACACAAACGACAAGCGGCAAACUGAGAGUAGAAAAACAAGCUUUACUUGACACAGUUAAGGGUAUGUUGGAUGAAAGGUCAAGGAGUGGUGUACACAGAGUGGAUGUGUCUGGUUCUUCAGAUAGUCAGAUUGAAACUGGUGGAUUGCCUGCUAAACGUGUUGUGAGACAGAGACCUCAGAGGAGGCAAGACGAAUCGAUUGGGAGCAGUAGGAAACAGUCCGAGAUGAUUGAUCAGUUGGACAUGUUGCACACAGUGCUGAGUCAAGGCACACCGACCAGAGUACAGGCUGUUGACAACGGAAUGUCAGAGCUAGAGGAAGCUAGCCGUAUUGAGCAGCAGAGGCUGAUUGUUAAGGACAUUAAAGAAGAACUCCAGGUAGCAUAG